AUGUCGACACCCUCUGGAUCGAGUGGAUCAUCCUGGUUUGAUACUUUAACUUCCACACCGGUACUUAUAGCUACAGCCGUUGGAGUUUCUUUCGCCGCUAUAUUCGCUGCUACAAGUGGUAAAACAACUGAACAAAUCAAAGAACAGAUUCAAGAGGUCAAAGCUGCCUCAAACGCUGCUGACGCUAAAGGCAAAGCUGCACAAGCUGGAGCAUCAAUAAUGUCUGCACCUUCAACUGAUCUCGCUCCUCCCAAGGACGACCCAAUUUCAACAUCUGAUUUAGCUCAAUAUGACGGAUCAGAUCCUUCCAAACCUAUCUACGUAGCCAUCAAAGGACGUGUAUUUGACGUCACUACCAAACCUGAAAUGUACGGUAAAGGAAGAGGAUAUAACAUAUUCGCAGGCAAAGAUGCAAGUAAAGGAUUAGGAAUGUCAUCACUUGAUAUCAAAGAUGCUGUACCUGACUACUCAUCACUCAAUGAGACUCAAUUGAACACCUUGAAUCAAUGGGAAUCAUUCUUUGAGAAGAGAUACAACGUAGUCGGAAAAGUCGCCCCUUAA